AUGCGCUGUGAGGAGUUCAUCGUCGGCGAGCAGCAGAGCGGCCGAACUGCCUCAAUCGUCAUCCCCAUCCUGCUGUUGCUGCUCCUGCUCGCCGUGGUGGCCUUUGCCUGGUACAAGUGGAGGAUUAAAGGUGCCAAGGGCUUCCAGCACCAGCGGAUGACAAAUGGGGCCAUGAAUGUGGAGAUUGGGAACCCAACCUACAAAAUGUACGAAGGGGAACCUGACGACGAUGUGGGGGAGCUGCUGGAUGCCGACUUCGCCUUGGACCCUGACAAGGUGGGCAUCGCCCGCCGCAAACCCCCCCUGAAAUCCUCCCGUUCCAAAAAGAUCUUCGGUUGGGGCGACUUCUACGUCAGCAUCCAAACCCUCAAAUUCAGCCUACUGUUGACGGGUAAAAUCGUGGACCACGUCAACGGUACCUUCAGUGUCUACUUUCGUCACAACUCCUCUAGUCUCGGCAACGUGUCGGUCAGCAUCGUCCCCCCCAGCAGGGCGGUGGGUUUCGAGGUGCUGCUGCCGGCCCAACUCCCUCCUCCACCUUUACGCCCAGUUCCGGCUCAGCAAAGCACCCUUCCCGAGGGGAGAUCCAAAGCUCUCAACUGCCACGUGGAAUACGAGAAAACGGACCGUGCGAGGCGGAACCGUCCCUGCCUGUACGACCCCAGCAAGGUUUGCUUCACCGAGCACACGCAGAGCCGAGCCGCGUGGCUGUGCGCCAAGCCCUUCAAGGUCAUCUGCAUCUUCGUCUCCUUCCUCAGCAUCGACUACAAGCUGGUGCAGAAGGUCUGCCCCGACUACAACUUCCAGCACGAGCAUCCCUACUUUGGCUGAAAUGGGGA